UAUCAUUGCAGCGUCUGUGUAAAUAUGGAAGAUGAAAUACAUUUCUUUAUCUCUCUAACCCUAGUGUGUCUAUUGCUUUGCUUUUUUAUACUUAAGCUAAAACCAUUGGCUUAUAAGCUGAAUGGCCUAACAAAUCGAUGCUUAAACUAUACGCCCAUAACUUAUUUAAAGCACGACUACCUAACGCCCGUAUCCAGGCGCAGACUGCAGCAAAUAAGGCGCAAGACGCUAAUACUGGACAUGGAUGAAACGCUCAUAUCAUCGGUAAUCAAAUCAAGAAGGUAUUGGCAAGCCCAUAGACCAUCUAGGCGUAUAAGAUACGAGCAGAUUAUACAGAGACUGCCCUGGGAUUAUUGCUUUCCACUGCACAGAAGCAAUGCCAUGGUCUAUGUCUAUAAACGACCCUAUGUGGAUUUUUUCCUUGAAACCGUAGCCAAAUGGUAUAAUCUAGUGGUAUUUACCGCAGCCACGGAGGGUUAUGCAUCAAAGGUGUUGGACUACUUGGAUGCUGGGCGUAAUAUCUUAAAUAGACGACUCUUUAGACAGCAUUGCAUUGAGGUCUGCGGUAUACGCGCCAAGUAUGUGAGUCUGGUUGAGGAGGAUUUGAGCAAUGUAGUCUUGUUGGAUAAUUGCUGCAUGGCGAAUAGCUUCAAUGUGGGCAAUGCUUUGUAUAUAAAGUCCUUUCGGCGAGGCAAUCAGGACAAUCAAUUGCUCUGCAUGCUGCCCUUUUUGGAUGCCUUGCGGUUUACCAAGGAUGUGCGUUCAGUGCUGGGGCGCAGUAGGCGCUUUGAUAAUUUGACAUUGGACUUGGCUGCAGCCAAGAAGAAGUACCUAACAGGUAGAAAUAAAACGACCAUCAAAUGAUUAAUAAAGUUGGGAAAA